AUGGAAGGUGAUUUAUCGAUUAUCAAGAAAGCAAUUGAUAAUCUUAAAUCACCGGACAUUAACAUAAAUAACAGUAGUGUAGAGUUCUUAGAACAAUGGAAAUCAAGUCAGAACUGUAUUCCUGAAGCAAUUGAGAUAUUAAAAUCAACAGACAAUGAAGAUUAUCAGUUAAUCAUAAUUCAAGCAAUCAAACAUAACAUUAUAUACAAUUAUGAUUAUAUAAAUGACGAUGCAAAGCAAAAUUUAAUUCAAAUUCUCUACGAAAAUAUCGAAAAGAGUAGAAAAGAGAACGACGACUCACUUUUGACAAGCUUUCUUAACUGUUAUUCCAUACUAAUUACCAUUCAAUUUCCAGAAAAUUUUGUUGAAGAAUCUUUAGAUUAUCCAUGUCUAUGCUAUUUGAGUGAAGUAUUCGAUUGCAUAUACUCAGAAAAAUACGUGGAGACUUCAAAAAGGAAUUAUAUCACUUCAAUUUUAAUUAAUAAUGUUGAUAAACUAUUCAACAAACUAUUUUCACUGGAAAAAUACGACCAAUGGUCAUUUAAGAUGAUGAACAUAUGCAUUCGCACAUUUCCACACGAAAUUGUUUUUCAAUCAAAUUUAAUUCAAAAUCUCUUUAAUCAUUAUUAUGACGAUAUUGAUUCUUCAACAACAUGUUUUGAUUCAUUAGUUUUCUUCAGAAAUGAAUUCCAAAUCUAUUUUCAACAACUUUAUCAAAUGAUUCUUGAAUUUAUGUUCCAAGUUGGUCAAAAAUAUCAACAAGGGAAGUCAUUCAUAGCAUAUUUCAUUGUUAAAUACCAUAAUUUCAUUGAAUACAGCCAAGAAAUUAGUUCUUGCAUUCAAUUAUUAAAAGAUUUGUCAUGGAUACAACAAAACAACUUCGAAGAAUACUGGGAAUAUUGGAAAGACAUAUUAUCAUACUAUGCUAUGAAAAAACAAGCAAUUUCAAAGGAAGAAUUACUUUUAAUUUUCGAAUCUUUUUCAAAAAUUGUCACAACAGGAAUAUCAUCAGAAAACUUGUUCGAUAACAACUGCAAGUUAUGCUUCUAUUAUUUAACAAUCUGCCUUCCACAAGAAAUCACAGAUUUUGUUCAAAAAAUAAUUUUUUCUUCUGAAAAAAUUUUCGUUUUAAGCUUUGUAUUGAACAUUGAUCGAGAGUGGUGCUUGCAGCUAUUCUCUGAUUUACUUGAUAAAACAAAGGAAACAGGCGGAGAAGUCGAAUAUUGUGCUUUAACAACUUUAUUUGUCAGAAUUUUAUUUUAUGAGUCAGAAAAUGAAGAGUUAUUCAACGAAUUUUGCAAUUUUGUCGAGUUUGUAUUCGAAAAUGCUAGAACAAUCCCAAUUUUAAACGCAAUAAUUUCAUCAUUGAAUUAUUUAGCACUUAGAAGAUACAAACUUUUCUCAAUAAAUAACCUUAGACUAUUAAAUCCAAUACUCAACUUUGCAGGUGAGUUUACACCAGAAAAUUUUGGAGAUAAUCUUGCAAAAAGAACAUUUAGUUUAAUUGGAAAAGCAUCAAGAUAUGAAGAUUGCAGAGAAGCUUAUUCAUCAUUUUUAUCAACACUAGCAAGGAAAAUAGUUGAUGGUUUGAUUGAUCAUUAUACAAAAAUUAUCAUUAGUUGCAGCUCUCAAAAUUUGAAUGAUUUACAAAAUGAUGAAAAAAUACCAAACGAAGAAAUAGAAGAUAAUCCAAUGGAUAACAAUGAUAAUCAAUAUUAUCAAGAAAAUAACGACGUAAAUGAAAUACAUAAAAUAUUGGAAUCAGAAUUGGCCGAAGAAGAGGAAAAUAAUGAUGAAUUAGAUCGAUUUAUAAGUAAAAAUGAUACUCGACCGCUAAAUGUUAAUCAAAUACCCGAAAGCGAGUACAUUAGGUGUUUAUUAGACGGGUUCGAAUUAUUAGCCAUAGCAGCCGAAUCAAAUAGGUACCUUAGUGCUUACAUGUGCGCUGUAGUAAUGCCAAUGCUCUCAGAAUUUAUUGGAAGCGUCAAAAUUGUCAAAAAUGACAUGUUUUCUGUGAUUUCUGAAGUUUACAAAUUCCUUGAACGAUUAUUCUUGGCAAGUGAUUUACCUUUUGAAGAAAUCAAGGAGUCUUUCAACAGAUUCAUUGAUGUAGCAUUUAAUAGAAGCGAAUUUGCAAGUUCAUGCAUCCAUCUUCUGAUUGCUAUAAUGGAUAAAUAUCCAGAAGUUCAAUUUUACCUUUUGGCAGCAUAUGAUCAAAUAAUCGCUCCUAAUAUAAUGAAUAUAACUGAAGCAACACCAUAUGUUCUCGAAUUUAUGUGGAAAUGCAAUUUUUGGGUUUGUCAAAUUGAAUUUCCAUUAAAUGUAAUAGAAAACUAUAGGGAUUUGCAAUUACAUGAGAUAUCAUAUCUAUUAGAUUUCAUUAGACAGACAAUGAAACGCGGUCUUCCUGAAUUUAUUAAUAAUACUUUGGAAAACUACGGUAUUGCUAUUGUUUCUACUGUUCUUGAGAUAUUAACAGAUCCAAUAUAUAAUAGAUAUUGCUCUGAUUCAAUAGAAUGCUUAAGAUUGAUCUUAUUGUCUGCAUCAGAAAAUAAUUUUGACAGAGAUACAAUUGUCAACAUUAUUACUGAUAAAUUUAAUAACCUCAUACCAUUACAGACAGAAACUAUUCCUCAAUUUGUUAAUAAUAUCAUUAAUGAGCAUGAAGAUUUUAAUGUUUUCUUCAAUUUAGUUUCAUCAUUCUUGAUUGAAAGCCAUUGUUAUGUUGGAUAUAUUCCAAGCGAGUAUGAAGAUCAGGACAUUGAAAUGUUUGAUGAUUCAGACAAUGAAGAUUUAGAUCUUAUUCCUGAUGAUGACAUUGAAGAAAAUUGGGAUACAUUUAUCCAAGAUGUCCCUAAUUUCUUCGAGAAAUUUGCUAGAAAAGAGAAGAUUCGAGAAGAAGAGGAAGAAUCAAAUGAAAAUCAGCAGGAUGAUGGAGCUUAUUACUUCUUCGGAGGUUUUAUGGUCGAAAAAUCACCAUUCCUUGAAGAAACAGAGAUGGAAAUGAAAAACUCGGAAAUGAUCGAUCAACAACAACCUUAA